GGCCCAAAACAAAGUAGGCCAGCCCAGCUAGGGUGAGGAGGCUGGUCUUUUAUAUCUUUGCAUGAGGACAAAGUCGUCAGUUUCUUGACAGAGUUAUGCUUAGAGCCCUCUUGCAAACUACCUGCUUUCAGAACCCGAAAUCUGUCACCAUGAGCUCCAAGGCUGCUGGAACUUCCAGAAGCAAUCAGAGGCUGUUGCAGGACAAAGUAGCCCUGGUGACUGCCUCCACUGAUGGGAUCGGCUUUGCCAUUGCUCGGCGUCUGGCCAGUGACGGUUCCCAUGUGAUCGUGAGCAGCCGAAAGCAGCAGAACGUGGAUCGAGCUGUGACAGCGCUCCAGAAGGAGGGGCUGAGUGUGACAGGCACCGUAUGCCAUGUGGCAAAGGCAGAGGAUCGCAAACGACUGGUGGCCACGGCUAUAGACCGCCAUGGAGGUAUUGACAUUCUAGUCUCCAAUGCCGCUGUCAACCCCUUCUUUGGCAAUCUGGUGGAUGCCACUGAGGAGAUAUGGGACAAGGUUCUGGAUGUUAACGUGAAGGCCACAGCCCUGCUAAUGAAUGAAGUGGUGCCAGAAAUGAAGAAACGGGGAGGUGGCUCAGUGGUGAUUGUGUCCUCGAUUGCUGCCUACGUGCCCCAUCUCUCUUCAUCCCUGGGUCCCUAUAAUAUCAGCAAAACAGCCCUGCUGGCACUCACCAAGAACUUUGCUUAUGAGUUGGAACCAAUGGGCAUUAGAGUAAACUGUCUGGCACCAGGUCUCAUCAAAACCAACUUCAGCUCCUUGCUCUGGGAAAACAAGACUAAUGAGACCUAUAUUAAGAAUACCCUGAAGAUAUCCAGACUGGGUGAGCCUCAUGAAUGUGCAGGCAUCGUGUCUUUCCUGUGUUCACCGGAUGCUAGCUACAUCACGGGAGAAACAAUAGCAGUGGCUGGAAGGGCCCCUUCCCGUCUUUGAUCAGCCUAGAAGAACAGCCUGAGAUUCUGGCAGCUUUCUAUAAUGAAGAGAAGCCUCAAGAUUGGACCUUGACUUCUGAGUUCAGAGAUUGAUCUCCUCUAACCUUGCCUAUCCUACUGACUUCCCUGGAUUUAAAAAAAAAAAUGGCCUGUGUAAGCAGCCACGGACCCCUCUAUUUGCCAUGUAUGGGAAUAAAAGUCGUCCUUAAGGGAAUCUGUCCUGUAUAAAAUUCUACGUGAGAACGAAGGUAGAACUGAAGUACUCGUUUUUCUAGACCAAAUAGACCCAUCUACUUUUUACAAAACUAAACCCAGGGAAGAGGGAGUGAGGACUGAGACUAGGACCGGGACAGGGAAGAGAAAAGAGACUUAGAAACACUGGAGGUAGGAGGCAAAGGCCCGGGGAGGCACUGGGGGAAGGGGCAAAUCUCUGGUUUCUGUGCCAUUAAAAAUAAAACAAAUCUGCAAAUAACA